UAUCUGAAAUGUACUCUCUUUUAAUUUAAAAUUACCCUUAGAAUUACAUUUAUGUUUCUAAAUAAGCACUUAAGUAAAAACAUAAUAGGGUAAAUAUUAGUCGCAGGUCUUCAAAACCAGAGGCAUAUCAUGCAAAUCCUGUAUGAAUUAAGGAAUUCAUAGCAAAGAACAGUUCGUGCAUUCAGAAAAGUCUGAAUACUGUGGAGUUGAUGAGAUAAUAAAACAUUUUAUACUGUCAAAAUAACUAGGAAGAAAGACAACAGCUGAUCCAAUAGUUAAAUAAAAUGAAAGUAAAACUAGAUUUGGUUGAUUUGUUAAAUAUAACUCAAAAAGCAAUAGUUGCCAGAUAAUAUUUUAUCUCAAAUUAACAGUUUUAUAACAGAAUAUAAUCCUUCAGUGAAGUCCCGGUUCACACUCCGUACCAGUAGGUGGCGCUAUUGCACCAAUUCGCUGUAAACCGCAAUAAACAACGAAGUGGAAGAAGCAGAAGACGCACAAUAGUGAACCGGUCAGCUGAUCUGCUCCAACAGCAGAAUUGACGUCUCUGUUCAUUUAUUCUCAGCUCCGGACACCAUGAAGAGAAGCAGAAGUAAAGCGAGCGGAACCACCGACAGGGAGUUCGUGUUCGAGUUCAAGGCCGGGAAGAACACCUGCGUGCUCAGAGUUCCUCUGCAGCUUCCGGUCCAGCUGAACAUCAGGGAUCUGCACGGGAGGCUCAUGCUGCUACACAAAAUCCCCUGCUACAUAGAAGAUGAGCUGCAAGCCGCCCUCUCCGCCUUCAUGGAGGAGCAGAGCGGCCUGGACUUCGACCGGGAGGCAGAGCUGGGCCUGCAGCGCCUCGCCUGCGGCGCCGUGGACGUCAACCAGCUGACCAGCGCGUGGGCCGCAUCCUACGCUCAGACCAGCCUGGAGCACGCUCGGCCCGAAGAGCCCAGCUGGGACGAAGACUUCGCCGACGUUUACCACGAGCUGAUCCACUCGCCCGCCUCCGACACGCUGCUGAACCUGGAGCACAGCUACUUCGUCAGCGUGUCGGAGCUGAUCAGCGAGCGAGACGUGGAGCUCAGCAAGCUGCAGGAGAGGCAGGCAGCAGAGAUGGACAAAGUGAUGCAUGAGCUGGGAAACACGCUGAGCGACCACGAUGUCAACGCCGUGGCUUCACAACACUUUGAUGCUCAGCAGGUGCUGGAGAACAGGUGGGCGAGCGAGCUGAAGCAGGUGACGGCCAUCCAGAAGCAGGAGUACCAGGACUGGGUCAUCAAGCUGCACCAGGAUCUGCAGAAAUCCAACAACAGCAGCAAAAUCAACGAGGAGAUCAAGGUGCAGCCGGGCCGGCUGGCGGAGGCUGCAGACAGCGGCUGCAGGCCGUUUGAGGAGCAGCCGCUGCUGGAGGAGAGCUUCACCAUCCACCUAGGAGCGCAGCUCAAGACGAUGCACAACCUGCGGCUGGUCCGUGCCGACGUGUUGGACUUCUGCAAGCACCGGCGCCACAGCAGCAGCGGCGCCAAGCUGCGGCGCCUGCAGACGGCGCUGUCGCUCUACUCGUCCUCGCUCUGCGGCCUGGUGCUGCUGGUGGACAACCGGGUCAACUCCUACAGCGGCAUCAAGAGAGACUUUGCCACGGUGGCGAAGGAAUGCACCGACUUCCACUUUCUGAGCCUGGAGCAGCAGCUGGAGGAGGUGCAGCAGGCGGUGCUGUAUGCGCGGGCGCAGCGCUGCAGCAAGCAGAAGCAGCCGGCAGAAAAUCAGAAGAAUGGAGGAGAUGAUAAGAGCAAAGCAGCUGAAAGAAAUCCCUCAAAUAUCCUCCCAGGUGAGUUCUACAUCUCCAGACACUCCAACCUGUCGGAGGUCCACGUCGUCUUCCACCUGUGUGUGGACGACAACCUGCGGUCGGGAAGCAUCACGGCCCGCGACCCGGCCAUCAUGGGCCUGAGGAACAUCCUGAAGGUCUGCUGCACGCACGACGUCACCACCGUCACCGUGCCGCUGCUGCUGGUCCACGACAUGUCCGAGGAGAUGACCAUCCCCUGGUGCCUGAAGAGAGCAGAGUUGGUCUUCAAAUGUGUCAAAGGUUUUAUGAUGGAAAUGGCUUCGUGGGACGGAGGGAUCUCCCGCACCGUUCAGUUCCUGGUGCCGAAGGUGAGGCCGGGCGGCUGUUUGCUGUCACCAUGGCAACCUGACUGAGCGCUACGUUUACCGUCACUCAGCCAGGAGCUUCUGGGUAUUUUUAGAGCAUUUCAGAGGAGAUGUUCUACCAGCUGAGCAACAUGCUGCCUCAGAUCUUCCGUGUCUCUUCCACUCUGACGCUCACCUCAAAGCACUGAUGAGGGAAACCAUUCCCAAUGAGCCCAGGUCACGACCCGAUGAGCCCAGGUCAUCAGGAAUGGUUUUCACAGCCGCAGCAGAGCGGAGAUCCCGGUCAGACUCUCAUCCGUCCAGAUUUCUGGAGUUGACACAGAAAACCUGGAAGCUUUGAAACGAAAUGAAUGAAAAUGUUUUUCUGCCUGACGGAUCACUGAUGGUCCACCAGACAUCAUCAGAACCAGAACAUCCUCGUUCCUGACCCAGUUUGGUUCUGCAUCAGACGUUUGGUGAAUAAAUCCUUCUGGAGAACAUUUGGUUCCUCCACAGUUCCUCCCGCUGGUUCAACAGAAACCUGCAGAACCGGGUCCGGACCGGAGAGGUUCUGGUUCUGAUCCGCUUUCAUCUCUUCCAGCUUCUGGAAAGAUACGUUUUUUGGAUGAACUGAUUGUUUUUUCCAGGGAAAUUUGAUUUGAGCUUACUGGAUUCAUCUCAUUCUGGCUGCUGAUCUAAAAGGAACGCAGCCGGUUCCACUGGGGAUCAACACGAACUGGGACGCUCCCCAGCCAGACUUCUGCACUACUUAAGCAAAUCAUUUCAUAUUUUCACCUUCCUAAAAUCACGAGCCGAGUCAUUUUUAGCCAAAAUUAUAUUUGCAAAAAAUUAUUUGGUCCGUUAUUUUAGGAAUAUUCAACGAUUCAGAUGUUCCUUCCCUCCAACAGUAGGUGGCACUGUUCCUAAAUACAGAGGAGGAACAAACUGGAGACCCCCCCCUCACACACACACACACACACACACACACACACACACACACACACACACACACACACACACACACGACUCCCCAUUUUCAUAAUCUGAACAAGCAUCGAUCCACCUGGGAUUAUUUUUCUGCUUCUGCCCUCAGUGAGUCCAUAAAGAUAUUUACUGUAUUUCUAAUUAAUGUUUUAUUAAUAAUAAUAAUAAUAAAGUCAGAGAGCUCA